GCCGUGUAUUUGUAAUCAAAGUAACCAAGUUAUCAAUAAAAGAAGAUUCAUUUAUAUUCCCACACAAUCGCGCAUUGAAACUAGAAAAACUCCGAAAUGGCCGCUAAUCCACCAGAGGAAGGGUUCGAUCAAGCGGAGUUUGAAGAUGAUGAUCUCGGAGAGGUCCAGAUUGAAACGUCGUCCGGUCGCAAGCGUCUGUUCAGCAAGGAGCUACGUUGCAUGAUGUACGGUUUCGGUGACGACCAGAAUCCCUACACCGAGAGCGUUGAUUUGCUGGAGGAUUUGGUGGUCGAGUUCAUCACGGAGAUGACGCACCGGGCGAUGGAAAUCGGUCGCACUGGACGAGUGCAAGUGGAGGAUAUAGUAUUUUUGGUGCGUAAAAACUCACGCAAAUACGCCCGCGUCAAGGAUCUGCUCACGAUGAACGAAGAGCUGAAGCGCGCCCGUAAGGCGUUCGAUGAGAUUAAGUACGUCGGGGCAGAGGCAAAGAUCAAAUGACCCAAAAAUGGUUCGACUUCUAGGGUAAAAACAGUCGGUUAACUGUAUUGGGGUAGGCGAUUUCAAGUACGAACGCUUUCUUUCAUAAAUAAAUAAACAUAGGUAUAGAAUUUACCAUG